AAUUUCAGAAAUUGAAAAGGGAUUAGAGGAAGGAGAAAAUGCUGGGCUGGUGUGAAGCGAUAGCCCGAAACCCUCACAGAAUCCCAAACAACACGAGAACACCUGAGAUUUCAGGGGAGUUGACGGAUGCCUCACAACCAUCCACAUUGAAUGACAAGUCCCCAGGGCGAUCUGCAAGUCGAUCAAGUAACAUUUCAAAAGCAAGCAGUCCAACAACAGGGACAGCUCCCAGGAGCCAGUCAAGGUUGUCUGUCUGUCCAUCCACUCAGGACAUCUGCAGGAUCUGUCACUGUGAAGGGGAUGAAGAGAGCCCCCUCAUCACACCCUGUCGCUGCACAGGCACCCUUCGCUUUGUCCACCAGUCCUGCCUUCACCAGUGGAUCAAGAGUUCAGACACACGCUGUUGUGAGCUCUGCAAAUAUGACUUCAUAAUGGAGACCAAGCUCAAACCCCUACGGAAGUGGGAGAAACUACAGAUGACCACGAGCGAGAGGAGGAAAAUAUUCUGCUCUGUCACAUUCCACGUCAUUGCGAUCACCUGUGUGGUUUGGUCCUUGUACGUACUAAUAGACCGAACAGCGGAGGAAAUCAAGCAAGGCAAUGAUAAUGGUGUCCUUGAAUGGCCAUUCUGGACAAAAUUGGUUGUGGUGGCUAUUGGCUUCACAGGAGGUCUCGUCUUCAUGUACGUACAGUGUAAAGUCUACGUUCAGUUGUGGCGCAGACUGAAGGCUUACAAUCGUGUAAUCUUUGUGCAAAAUUGUCCAGACACUGCCAAAAAAUUGGAGAAGAACUUCUCAUGUAAUGUAAACACAGAUAUCAAGGAUGCUGUUGUAGUGCCUGUAUCACAAACGGGUACCAAUUCACUGCCACCUGUAGAGAGCGCCCCCCCUGAAGUUAUACCAGUUUGACGGAACCAGUUGGGAGUUUCUUCAUGAACGAUUAAAUCCUCAGCCACUACAAAUGACAGAAGUGAUCCUGAAAUUAUUCUUUCCCUUACCUUCUUUCUCCUACUGACUCAUUUUUCCUUAUUUCACUCAAAAAGGAAAGGGAAAAAAAAAAGAAAAAAGAAGCCAAAUGACCAGGAUCUCAUGAAGCAAAGCCUAAAGUGUGAUACAUAAAUAUGAAAACUUUAGCAGAGAAUGGUUCCCAAGACAAUUAAGAACUACUGGGGCCAAGAAUGCUUUAAGGCAAUGAUAAAAGACUUAAUGGAUAGAUGAAAAUCUUCACAGUA